GGUUGGUAUUUGUAUGACCCGUACCAUUUUCGGUUUAAUGAUUUCGUUGUAUGAUAAACUUUUGCGAAAUUAUUAAGUAUACGUGCACAAACGUAUAAAAAAAAUGUUAUAUGCACUUAUUUUGUUUGUGUUGUUGUCGGGAGUGCAAGGAAUGACGAGGGAGGAUUGUCCAGCUGGAGGGCGGUCCGCCAACGGCUACUGGGAUGUCAAUAACAAGGCAGACGAACCAAGAUGUGUGCUUAAAUGCUUCAACGGAUACGAGCCGGACGGAUGUCAUGUGUUGCGAAGAAUACAACCUGACACGUGGAAUCAGAAGAUACCGCAGUGUGUCGAAAAAUCAUUGAUACCAUGGAAAACUGUGGCAAAAGCAGGAGUAGCGGUCGCUGCAGGAGCUGGUGCCGUGGCGGCUGCUCCGGUUGUGCUGUCAGCAGCGGGAUUCACCUCCGCCGGGGUGGCUGCCGUCUCAAUCGCAGCAGGACUUCAGGUGGGUUUUGGACUCGUUUAUUGA